UUUAACAGAGCAUGCUGUACUGUUUGUCAAAUAGCAUACCUUUCUACCCAUAUAAUAUUCUGUUGUUGAUUUGUGUUAGGCCUUGUUUUAUUAAACAGGUUUAAAUUCUCAAAUGUUGUUUUACAAACGAACCACGAUCUUUUUAUCAAGUACAAGUAGGGGUUUGUGCUGUUGAUAUGCUGUUACUAUGGCUGAUAAUUGGAGGUUUUAAAAUGAUUUAUGAUCUUUCUUUAGGGAAGAUAUAGUGUGGAACAUAAAGGUCACAACCACAUCAUACAAAAACUGGGUCUGAUAUUUUUCUCAGCGAAGAUUGGACUAGCAGAGUCGAAUAAGCAGUCUCGUAUCGUUUACAAUGUGGGUGGGAAAUGGGCAAGAAAAUUGAAAUUGCUGUCAGCUGGGAAUCCUAGCUUUGCAACAUCCAGGGGUUUUGUAAUGUACGCAUUGGAAAUACGAGUUAGUCACCUACUCCAGAGAGAAUCAGAACAAUGUCCUACGUUUUUGUAAACGACUCAUCCCAGACGAAUGUGCCGCUGCUGCAGGCUUGCAUUGAUGGGGAUUUUAACUAUUCCAAACGACUGUUAGAGAGUGGUUUCGACCCAAAUAUUCGUGACAGCCGAGGCCGAACUGGCCUUCACCUUGCUGCAGCCAGAGGAAAUGUAGACAUUUGUCAACUCUUACAUAAAUUUGGUGCUGACCUACUAGCCACUGAUUACCAAGGUAACACAGCCCUUCACCUGUGUGGGCAUGUGGAUACCAUCCAGUUCCUAGUUUCUAAUGGACUUAAAAUUGAUAUUUGCAACCACCAAGGUGCAACACCGCUUGUUCUUGCAAAACGAAGGGGUGUGAAUAAAGAUGUGAUUAGACUGCUGGAAUCUUUAGAGGAGCAAGAGGUGAAAGGAUUUAACAGAGGAGCUCACUCAAAGCUGGAAACGAUGCAAACUGCUGAAAGCGAAAGUGCGAUGGAAAGCCAUUCCCUCCUUAAUCCAAACCUACAGCAAGGCGAAGGAGUUCUUUCCAGUUUCCGCACAACGUGGCAAGAGUUUGUUGAAGACCUGGGCUUCUGGAGGGUGCUGCUCCUCAUCAUUGUCAUUGCUCUUCUCUCGCUCGGGAUAGCCUACUAUGUUAGUGGGGUGCUUCCUUUUGUAGAAAACCAGCCUGAACUGGUGCACUGAAGCAAAUGCAAAGAAGUGCACUGUGCUUUUCCCUGUUCUAAUCUUAUUUUGAGCUUUUGGAAUUAUUCUGUUGGUGCAGGCAGUGGCAGCUGUAUAUACUGUUUGCCUUUUGUACAUAUUAACCCCUUUGAAAGAGGGAUUCAUUCAUUUCAAGUAAAACACUAAAUUCUAAAGCAUUCCUGAGCUACCUCUGACUUGACUUGCAAGCAAGAUGAGAAGAUAAUCCUCUCUGUUGAUAAAAUAUUAUGAUUAGAAAAGGCCUUUCAUGAUGAAUAUUAAAUUCCUGGGCGUGAAAAAUGUAUCCUAUUACAGAACCAAAUUUCAUUUAUUUUCCCUGUGAAGAGACGUAAAUCCACUGUUGCAUUUUUUUGUGUGUGCUUCCGUUGAAAGAGAAUUUUCUUUUAAAUGUUCUCCUCGAGAAAUCUGAAUAAUAUAAUAAUGCAUUCUGAUAUAUAGACAGUAAUAAGCUACAACCUUAUAGUUGUUUUAGUGCCUCCCCAUAGUUUCAUAUCUGCUAGUUUAUAAAAGGAAUGAUAAAUAGUUCAAGUUUUGCUAUGUCUUUAAUGUAUAGAUCACUCCUUUAUUUAUUAGGUUAUAUUACUGUUUCUUCCCCGGAUGAAUUUGAUGUUGUUAAUACCUGCCUGAAGUAAAUUUUGUAGAACAAAGCAGUUUCUUGUGCUUUGGAAAUAAACUUGUUUCAGCCUUGGGCUGAAAAUUUUACCUUUUUGUUGAAAAGUUACUGAGCUAACUUUUCUUUGUAAGGGUGAUUACACAGUGAUUUAGGUGUUGUGCUCCGUAUUUAAUAAUUCUGUAAGGCCAUUGUCUUUGUGAAAUAUGUCAUGAAGGAUAACUUCCUCCCACAGGGACCAGGCUGAACUAUGUAAUUAUAUCAUUUUUACGUUUGUGGCAAGGACUUGAUUCAAUAGGACUCCUUUCUAGAAUUGUUUUCCGUUCCAGUUGUUUUCAAACAGCACUUACAGGCUUAUGAAUUAUUUCCUGAGUAUGCAGAAUAAAAGUAUGUAAAAUGUUAAUAUUUAGGAACAUUGUGUGAAAUGAAUUUUUGACCCAUUCUGUACUUAGUUGUGAAGUCCUGUUUGUAAAUAACAUAAGGAUGUGAAUCAGUUAAAAUUCUCUUUUAUGAAGACUAGAAAGGUACUACAUAGUAAGUUGGAGGUUUUCAAAUAAAACAUUCUCUCUUUCCGUGCUGAUUAGACAUCUAACUCCCUCCGUUACCAUUGUGUUGAAAAUCCCAAACAAUAGAAAUUCUGCAAACCUAAUGAAUACUUUUUUUACUUAGCUGAUCCUAAACUGUUACUAAAUAAGAUAAAAGCUUUUAUAAAAUUAUAGAUUACAAUAAGUAUUGAUAGAAGUAACCCCCAUCUCUGUUCUGCUACCAUGUAUAUUUUUCCUUCUUGUUUAUGGGUUUGAGUGAAGAGGGUUGUUGGCUUUGUUUUGAGGUGUGAUAUGUGCCUCACUGAACUGGGCCAUAUUCUAAACUGUAUCUGAAUAAUCCUUGUUCUGAUUUCUUAAGUAAGAGGUUGAUGAAAUGAUACUUUUCUAGCAGCUGCAAUGCCGCAGAAAGGAGAGCUUCUUAAAAAAAAAAACAGAACAAAACAUCUGUACAUCUGUUUGUGAACAGAGACAUAUAAACUCAUAGUAUGCCUAAAUUACAUUUACUUCCCUAAGUAAGUACUUUUCUGUUAAUAAUACUCUGUAUCUUGAACAAUCAUGUUGUUUUUCAGUAUGUUUUAUCUGCAUAAUUUGUAAUUGUAUUCUCAGUGUGGGUGAAUGCCACGAAUAAAUAUAUGUAGUAAA